UCGGGUGUGAUCAGCGUUGGUGUCUGGGUGUAGUGGGCAGAAAAGACUUGGCCAGGCAGAUGGCUUCUCAGUGGCAGAGCAUGGGGACCUCCGUGCGCCGGAGAUCUCUCCGGCACCAAGAGCAGCUGGAGGACAGCAAGGAGCUGCAGCCUGUGGCCAGCCAUCAGGAGACCUCCUCCGGGGCCCUGGGGUCCCUGUGCAGACAGUUCCAAAGGAGGCUGCCCCUGAAAGCCGUCAACCUCAACCUCUGCCCAGGCCCCUCCUGGAAACGUCUGGAAACCCCAGAGCCAGGGCAACAGGGCCUCCAGGCAGCAGCUCGCUCAGCUAAGAGUGCCUUGGGUGCCAUGUCCCAGAGAAUCCAGGAGUCCUGCCAAGGUGGCACCAAGUGGCUGGUGGAGACCCAGGUGAAGGCCAGGAGGAGGAAGAGAGGAGCACAGAAGGGCAGUGGAUCCCCAACUCACAGCUUGAGCCAGAAGAGCACCCGGCUGUCUGGAGCCGCCCCUGCCUACUCACCCGCAGGCCCCUGGGAGAAGGCGCAUCACUGCCUCUCUACCCAGAUGGGCUCAUGUGCCCGCCCGUUACCGUGGUCGAGGCGGGAGGCAGCCUUCCGGAGCCCGUACUCCUCUACAGAGCCCCUCUGCUCUCCCAGUGAGUCUGACAGCGACCUAGAGCCUGUGGGGGUGGGAAUUCAGCACCUACAGAAGCUGUCCCAAGAGCUAGAUGAAGCCAUCAUGGCAGAAGAGAGUGGUGACAUCGUCUCUCUCAUUCAUGGCUGAUGAAGUGCCUGCAGGAAACAAGCCCUGUCUGACCGCCAAGGCUUCACACCCAAGAAUGUCUGUGCUUCCCCAUGCACUUCUUCCAGGAAGCCCUCAGGAGUCAUCAGUACCCCUGAGCCCCUGCUAAUGAGGACCUGACUAAGAAGGGGCCUGGAGCCUCACUGCUCCGGCCACAUCUGGACCCAUCGGUGACUGCCAGCCAUAGCCCGAGAGUGUCUUGGGGAAAGUGUCUGGCAGAGGUGGGGAGAAUUGUACCUUUUGCUUUCCCAAGGGACUCUCGAGCUUAGAAACUCUAUACACCUGACUUUGAGCUUUAUAUUUGCCUCGUGUGUAACGUGAAGUGCUAGCAUCCGAUGUUUGAGAGCUCUUAGCCAUGUACCCAGGUGUCUGAUUUUGGGGGUGUCAUCCGCAGAGUCACUCACUGUCUGUGUUUCUGGUGCCAAGGCUCCCGAGGGCCCCACUCUCAUCCCUGCUUUCCCUACCAGGGACUCAGAGGAAGGCAUAGGAGAUAUUUCCAGGCUUAAGACCCUGGGCUCACAGGUACCUAUUUAUAUGCUCGAUGCAGAGCGCUGUGGGUAUGCCGGGAGGGGUAGCCUGUUCAAGAGCAAUUUCUGCCCUUUGUAAAUUAUUUAAGAAAUCUGCUUUGUCAUUUUAUUAGAAAGAAACCAGCAUGUGACUUUCCUAGAUAACACUGCUUUCUCAUAAUGAAGACUGUUUGCCUUUGAAAA